AUGAAUGUUUUGGUUCAGAAGCGUGCCUUGCACGUGGUGGCAGCUGCGCCGCCGCAGCCCGAGGCGCUGCCGGCCGUGAAGGAGGAGCGCGGCGAGGCGGCAGGGGCCGGGGUCCCCGGCGAGGCUGCGGGCCGCGGCGCGGGCGGGCGGCGGCGCAAGCGCCCCCUGCAGCGCGGGAAGCCGCCCUACAGCUACAUCGCGCUCAUUGCCAUGGCCAUCGCGCACGCGCCCGAGCGCCGCCUCACGCUGGGCGGCAUCUACAAGUUCAUCACCGAGCGCUUCCCCUUCUACCGCGACAACCCCAAAAAGUGGCAGAACAGCAUCCGCCACAACCUCACGCUCAACGACUGCUUCCUCAAGAUCCCGCGCGAGGCCGGCCGCCCCGGCAAGGGCAACUACUGGGCGCUGGACCCCAACGCCGAGGACAUGUUCGAGAGCGGCAGCUUCCUGCGCCGCCGCAAGCGCUUCAAGCGCUCGGACCUGUCCACCUACCCGGCCUAUAUGCACGACGCGGCGGCCGCCGCAGCCGCUGCCGCUGCCGCAGCCGCCGCCGCGAUCUUCCCGGGCGCGGUGCCCGCCGCGCGCGCGCCCUACCCGGGAGCCGUCUACGCCGGCUACGCGCCGCCGUCGCUCGCCGCGCCGCCUCCUGUCUACUACCCCGCCGCGUCGCCGGGCCCGUGCCGAGUGUUCGGCCUGGUUCCUGAGCGGCCGCUCAGCCCGGAUCUGGGCCCCGCGCCAUCGGGGCCGGGUGGCUCCUGCGCCUUCGCCUCCGCCGGCGCCCCCUCCACUACCACCGGCUACCAGCCCGCUGGCUGCUCCGGGGCUCGGCCUGCCAACCCCUCGGCCUAUACGGCCGCCUACGCAGGCCCCGACGGCGCGUACCCGCAGGGAGCGGGCGGGGCGCUCUUUGCGGCGGCCGGCCGCUUGGCAGGACCCGCUUCGCCCCCCGCGGGUGGCAGCGGUGGUGGCGUGGAGACCGCAGUGGACUUCUACGGGCGCUCAUCGCCUGGCCAGUUCGGAGCGCUGGGGCCUUGCUACAAUCCUGGCGGGCAGCUCGGAGCGGGCGGCGGAGGCGCCUACCAUGCGCGCCAUGCCGCGGCCUAUCCCGGCGGGGUGGAUCGGUUCGUGUCCGCGAUGUGAGCCGAGCGUGAGGACCAGAACGCACAGAUACUUCGGCAGCCCACACGAACUGACUUUCCCCGAGAUCCGAGGACGGGAAUGGAGAGAGGACCUGAACUGGGGAGCGCGUGGCGGGCGCACCGCGUCCACGUCCGGUUUGCUUUGUGAACCGCGAAGUGGGGAGAGGCAGGAGUGCCACGUGGGGACUGACACCAGGAAACCCUCGAUGGGACGAAGCCGCACGGGACACGCCCUUUGGCCUUGCAUUACAGGGGAAGCGCCUGGUGCUUCCCGCUUCCCGGUGUUGCUCGAAACUUGGGCCUUUGGUUACUGCAAUAAAGGGCGCUCCUUUCUUCUUAAAGUGAGGAGGACAAAGGUGCAAAAGUAGCCCCCACCCCCAUUUUUUAAUGGAAGAAAAUCUGCCCGGUUGACAUGGGCUCAUUUUCCUUGCCUCCCAGAACCUGCAGACCCGGCUCUGGUUCUGAACUGUGCCCCAGCUCCGCGGGUGGCCGGGACCCUCAGCCCCUCUGCCACACAACCGCGUUGUGGGGUCCCACCCUCCCCCACGUUCUCCUUAAGGCUCCCUCAUCUAGGCUGCUCCCCCCGCCCCCACCUAUUUGUGGGCCACCCAGAGCGUAAACCCCGGGUCCAGGAAAUUGGAACCACACUGGUGGCAAGGGUCUAAUCUAGGAUUAGCUCCAGGCAGUGAUCAUAUCAUAAUUUAUUGAGUCUUGUAGGAUGUUCUGGUCAUCCUACAGCUGUAGCCGCCCAGUCUUAAACUGGGCUUUCUGGGGAGGCAGGUGGAUGCACCCACUGCCCGCUGUUUGCUGUGCAACAAGCAACCCCACACUGAUACCAAAUUAGUUCAAGACAAGAGGUCUCAGGGGAGCCAGCAGGUGCUGUUUCUAGUAGUUGGGGCUGGCUCUUCCAUCGCUGGUACCCUCUGCACCCUUCCCAGGCCAGAGAGGGAGAGAGAGGAGCUUAACUGGGGCAGGCAGUGAAGGAAGCUUUAGAAACAAACCUGAAUUUUUAACUCCAUUUUGAAUCUUGUCUGAGCAGCAGACGCACCCAAAGCAGAGAGAGUGAGCAGCUCUCCCACCUUCCUCUUGAGAAAUCUUGGAACUUUCGGUUCUGGAGUGGAAAUUUCCAGCCUUAAGUAUUUCAGAGGCUCCACGUGCAGCCUUGCGGUCAACCUGAGUGUUCGGCUGAACCGUUUUCAUCAAAACCCGUGAGCAAGUGAGUUCUGUUCAGAGAAACUCGGCCCCUCUUGGCCUAGUUAAGUAGAUGGGGAAGACCAAGUGGGGUUGUGGACAAGAAGAUGGCGUAAAACCCAGUGGUCUUUUUCAGUUUUCUAUUUUGGGGACUGCACUAUCCUGUUCACAAAAACAGGCGAACUUACUUCAGCCCAGGCGGGGAUUUGUCCGACAGAAAUACCAUGCAGACCACAUAUGCGACUUUAAAUUUUCUAGUAUCCAUGUUAAGGUAGUAAGAAGAAAAAGAUGAGGUUAAUUUUAAUAACAUAUUUAACUCAAAAUACCCGAAAAUACUAUCGUUUCAACA